UUGUUGCCGUCACACAGAUGUUUUGGGUUUUGGGGACAGCUGCUUUUCAAGCCUCUUCUUGGGUGCAUCAUGCUGACUUUUCUUUGGAAACUCACUGCCUUUCACUUCCUCAUCAUCUCUUGCUGUCUACUUAAUUAUGUGAGUCCAGAGGACCAUCCGGACAUUCCAGCAAUCGCCAAAUAUUUCAACACAAAAGGAACGUAUGAAGAAGUGAACCCGCAUCUCAAAGAGGACAUACUUGCUGUAAACAGGUCUAUCCUGCAGCCUCCAUCUGCACAAUGUCAACAAAUUCAUCUGACUGCAAUUAUAAGGCACGGCACCAGGUACCCGACGACCAAAAACAUCAAGGAGAUGCAGCAGCUCUACAACAUUGUCCUACAAAAUGCCACAGGCGUAGAGAGCUGGCUGCGUGAGAUCCAGACCCAGUGGACGAUGUGGUACACUGAGGACAUGGACGGCCGACUCGUCCAGAAAGGUGUCAACGAUCACAAGCAUCUGGCUGUCAGGCUGUCAAAGCUGUUCCCCUCACUGAUUUCAGAGGAGAAGCUCCGAGGUGGAUUCAUCAAAUUUAUAACCAGCUCAAAGCACAGGUGUGUCAACAGCACGCUGUCCUUCAAGGCAGGACUGACAGAGCUGUGGGCCAUUACAGAUAAGGAGUUUGAUCAUGCAGUGAAUGAUUCUCUCAUGAGGUUUUUUGCCCAGUGCACCAGGUUUGUGCAGGAAGUUGAUAACAAUGCGACAGCUGUGUCAGAGGUGGACAAGUUCAAGCAGAGACCAGAGAUGAGGAGGGUCCAGGAGAAGAUUGCAGACCGACUCAGAGUCCUGUACAGACUCAUCACACAUGAUAUGGCUGAGGCUGCAUUUUACCUGUGUGCCUAUGAAUUUGCAAUCAAGGCAGUUAACUCCCCUUGGUGUCAACUGUUUGAUGAGGAUGACGCAAAGGUUAUGGAGUACUCAAGUGACUUGAGAGAAUUCUGGAAAAGAGGGUAUGGUUAUGAUAUCAACAGCAAGUCGAGCUGCAUUCUCUUUCACGAUGUGUUUAAUCGACUGAACAAAGCAGUCAGCGAGAACAAGUCAGGCCAGCAGGUGACUGAAGCUGUGACUGUUCAGGUCGGCCAUGCAGACACCCUGCUCCCACUGCUCACCCUCCUGGGCUUCUUCAAAGACAGUGAGGCCCUGACUUCCACCAACUACGCCACACAGAGCCAACGCUCCUUCCGCACCAGCCGCAUGUUACCCUACGCAGCUAACUUAAUCCUGGUUCUGUAUGACUGUGGGGGAGGCGACCUGAGACUGCAGCCGCUGCUCAACGAGAAGCCCGUUGCUUUCCCCGGGUUGACGGACCAGCAGGCCUCCAUGCCGCUCUAUCAAGACGUCAGGGAUCACUACAAGGAGCUGCUGCAAGGCUGUGACUUUGAGACUGAGUGUCAGCUGUCUAAAAGUUCUGCUUAAGUGUAUAGACAGACAGGGAAGGUCCUCAAAAAGAAAGCAUUACAGUGGCUUUAUUCUCU